AAGACAAGGCCUCCGCGGCUCCGCCCCCGAUGCCUCCGCUCCUCACCUCACCCGCCUCCCUCCCCUCCGCCUCCCCUCUCCUCGUCUCCUGUAUCGGCGCUCUCCACCGCCCCGGCCCCUUCCUCCACCAGCGCGCCGCCGCCUCGGUCCACUUCCUCGCGCCGCACAGGAAGACCCGACCGCCCCCCGCGAUGAGCUGGCUUGGGAAGCUGGGCCUGAGCGGGCUUGGAGGCAGCCCGCGCGCGUCGGAGGCGUCGGCAGCGCUGGCGCAGGGGCCCGACGAGGACCAGCCCGCGCCGGGGAACGAGUUCGCGCAAUUCGGCGCCGGCUGCUUCUGGGGCGUGGAGCUCGCGUUCCAGCGCGUGCCGGGAGUCACCCGCACGGAGGUCGGCUACAGCCAGGGCAACAUCCACGAUCCGACCUACGAGGACGUCUGCACCGGCACCACAAACCACAACGAGGUCGUCCGCGUGCAGUACGACCCGGCCGCCUGCAAGUACGACGACCUCCUCGACACCUUCUGGGCGCGCCACGACCCCACUACUCCCAACCGACAGGGCAAUGAUGUUGGAACACAGUAUAGGUCAGGGAUAUACUACUAUAACCCAGAGCAGGAGAAGGCGGCAAGAGAGUCCCUGGAGAAGCAGCAGAAGCUUCUGAACCGGAAGAUCGUCACCGAGAUCGUUCCAGCGAAGAGGUUCUAUAGAGCAGAAGAGUACCAUCAGCAGUACCUGGAGAAGGGCGGCCGCUUCGGCUUCGGGCAAUCUGCAGCCAAGGGCUGCAAUGACCCCAUCCGAUGCUACGGAUGAGCCAAAUGGACCUCUACGUGCAUGGUGUGAAUCGUAACUGAAUAAGGGAUGCAUCAAAGCCAGAUUUUAUACUGCUUUCCUAGGUUUGUUUUGCCACUAUUGAACGGCUGUAAGAGUUUAGCUAUAUACUACCAUGGUACUCCAAUCAUCGUGUACAAAACCAUAUUGUAUUACAUGCAAGUGCGAGUGAGAUUUAAGC